AUUAACCAGCUCUAAUAAAGAGCGAAUAAUUCUUAUUAAACUGUAGUUACGGUCUGUAACGAGUAGUUUUAUCACCAUGGAUAUUCUGGCUCCUCCUGAAGACCAAGAGCUUCGCAAUGUCAUCGACAAGCUGGCGCAGUUUGUGGCCCGCAACGGCCCCGAGUUCGAAAAGAUGACCAUGGAGAAGCAGAAGGAGAAUCUGAAAUUUUCAUUUCUCUUCGGAGGGGACUACUUCGGAUACUACAAGUACAAGCUGGCCAUCGAGCAGCAGCAGCAUCCUUCCACUCAUCUCGACGAAGUGCUGCAUAUGCCGUCGGGUAAUGAGAUUCCUGAUGUUCCACCCCCGAUGGCCACGAUUCCUCCGACGAUUCCCUCCAGCACUACGUCGGUGGAGGAGCUCAUUCAGCAGAGUCAGUGGAGCCUGCAGCAGCAGGAGCAGCACAUGCACAGCCUCAGACAGAAGCAGAUUAAUGAAGCUAUUGCCGUGGCCAUGGAGGAGCAGAUGCAGAAGCUGCUGGUUGAAACUCAGCUGGACACGGCAGAAUUCGACAGCCUUCUUCAGCCCAUCAUAGACACCUGCACCAAGGACGCCAUCUCGGCCGGGAAGAACUGGAUGUUCAAUAACGCCAAGUCACCACCACACUGCGAGCUGAUGACCUCACACCUCCGCAACCGCAUCACCGCGGAGACGGCGCAUUUCGAGCUGCGCCUGCACCUCAUUUAUCUCAUGAACGACGUUCUGCACCACUGCCAGAGGAAGAACCAGAGGGAUCUGCUGGCUGCACUUCAGAAGGUGGUGGUGCCCAUCUACUGCACCAGCUUUCUGGCUGUCGAGGAAGACAAGCAGCAGAAAAUCUCUCGGUUGCUCCAGUUAUGGGAGAAAAACGGCUACUUCGACGAGGUGACCAUCCAGCAGCUCCAGAGUCCGGCCCUCGGUCUGGCGCAGUAUCAGGCCUCGUUGGUUAUGGAGCACGCCGCUGUCGUGCAGCCUGUCCAAGUAGCCAUUCAACAGCAGAUCCAGACGCUGAAAACUCAGCACGAGGAGUUCGUGGCCAACCUGAAGCAGCAGCAGCAGCAGCAGCAGCAGCAGAGUGUUGCGGCCGCUGCCGUGACCCAGCUGCCACCAUCAGAACCUGAAGUUAAAGGAGUGAGCCAGAGUGCUAUGACCGCUCAGGCCGCAGAUGCGAAGCCUCCAAUGACGGGCCCUCCACCCGGUGACUAUGAUGGUCCUCAGUCGAGGCCGGACUCCAAUCCCUCCGCCAUGUCCGACGUUCCCCCAGGCAAGCCCGGCUGGUUCGACGGUCAGCACGGCAUGCCGGGCUGGAACCCACAGCACCCACCUCCGUUCGACCCGAAUCAAGGACCCCCUCCUUGUCCGCCCUGGAACAGUCACGAGGGGAUGUGGAACGAACAGGAACCGAACUGGAGCAGCCCUAGAGACGGCGGCCCCGGGGGCCCGUGGGGCAACCAGAGCGAGCCCCCGCCGUCCUGGAGCGGGCAGUACGAUCAGCCGCCCUGGAGCAACCAGCCCGAUCAGCCGCCGUGGGGCCACAGGGAGCCGCCUUUCCGCAUGCAGCGCCCCCCGCAUUUCCGUGGCCCUUUCCCUCCCCACCAGCAGCCACCGCCGUUCAACCAGCCCCCCCCUCCGCACAACUUCAACCGCUACCCGCCACGCUUCAUGCAGGACGAUUUCCCGCCCAGACAUCACUUCGAUCGCCCGCCGUUCCCGCCGCAGCGGUUUGACUACCAGCACGGGGACUACCAUGGAGACAUGGGCCCACCCCCACAUCACCACCCAGAUCAGAUGAUUCCUCCACCAGGAAUGGGUGAGCAUCCUCCAUGGGGGGGUAACCAGCACCCUGACUUCGGGCCCCCGCCGCACGGCUUCAACGGCCAGUCUCACCCUAUGAGACGGCAGAAUCCCACACAUGUGAACCAGGACGACCCGAGUCUGGUGCCCAACGUCCCUUAUUUCGACCUGCCCGCGGGUCUCAUGGCUCCUCUGGUAAAGUUGGAGGGUCAUGACUACAAGCCUCUUGACUCUAAAGACAUCCGGCUUCCACCCCCUAUGCCUCCUAGCGAUCGAUUGCUGGCUGCUGUCGAGGCGUUCUACAGUCCGCCCUCCCACGACAGACCGAGAAACAGCGAGGGCUGGGAGCAGAACGGUCUGUACGAAUUCUUCAGAGCCAAGAUGAGGGCGCGGAGGAAAAAGGACCACGACAAACGUAACAGCACGCGAGGCAGCCGUUCCCGUAGCCGCUCACGCAGCCGAGGCAGGUCGUCGUCACGCUCCAGCUCUCGCUCCUAUAAAUCGUCCCGCUCCAGGUCUUCCAGGUCCCGAUCCCGCUCCUACUCCAGAUCCCGCUCCAGGAGCGGGAGCCGCUCCAGAUCGAAGUCCAGAAGCCGCUCGCGUUCCAAAUCACGCUCCAAGUCGCGCUCGCCCGACCAGAGACAACACGCCGCGAAGUCCUGCAGCCCCACACCACUGGCGACUUCUGGUCUGGGUUCAGGUCCUUCGGCUCCAGUCGUCGAUCAGAGGUUGGGAGAGGAAAACAAGGGCCAUCAGAUGCUCAUGAAGAUGGGAUGGAGCGGUUCUGGAGGACUCGGAGCUAAAGAGCAAGGAAUUCAGGAUCCCAUUAAGGGAGGCGACAUCCGGGAUAAGUGGGAUCAGUUCAAGGGUGUUGGGGUUUCCCUGGAUGAUCCGUACGUCAACUAUAGGCGGAAUAAAAGCUACAACUUUGUAGCGCGGAUGAAAGCCCGAGAGAAAGGUGAAGUCCCUGUUUCUGCUGUUCAAAAUAGCCAAACGUGACUGUUUCACUUGAAACGUGACGCCCAGGAGUCCACCCCUCCAGAGUGAUUCUUCAUUACACUUUCCUCUUUUUUUUUUUUUUUUUUUUAGCUCUACAGACUCCUGUUAUUGAUGUGACAGCUUUUUGUUUUGGCAGUUUUUCAUUGUAACGAAUCUGAAUGUCAUGUAUUUGGAACGCGGUAUCAGUAUCAUCGAGUUUUGUCUAGGUUUAAUACUCAGCACAGCAGAAUAAAAAUCUUUUAAACGUG